AUGCUCAGACGUCUGGACAACGUGACCAUAACCGGGUCCUGGCUAGCGGUGAUCGCCCUGCUGGAAAGCACGAUCAAGAAGCCCUUGGCCUGGCGAGCUGAGAGUAGCCCAACCAUCGAUCGGUACCGAAGCCCGCUCAGGAAGGCCGAGAUUCUGUGGCACAUUUCGCACCAAGAGGGACAUGUGGCUGGAAUACAUCCGAGCGAGUUUCACCCUAAUGGCUCCCUGCGCUUGUUCCGCAUCAGAGAGCAGUGCAGCAUCGUGAGAAGGCUCGUAAGUCCUAACAACACCAUGUUCAUCAACCGUGACUGGGAGGCAGCCUUGAUUUGGCAGGGCGAUGUGCUGGUUCGGAUGGUGCAGGGAAUCGAUGUUGAUAUGAAGCGUUCACUGCUUCCCAAUGCUCGAGAGAAGGUCAGCAAAGACUUUGAAGAGUAUGAGGGAAUGUUGGAACGCCUGGGAUCAAUUUAG